AUGGUGGUCAUGUGUUUGUUGCUGGACUUGAUGAUCCUGAGGGCCUUUUCCAACAACACUGAUGCCUCGGCCCAGGCGUCCCAGGCCCCGUCCCCAUCGGCGGCGCCCAGUAGCGGCCGGGCGGGCGGCGGCAGCAAGAGCAGGGGUCCGGCGGGGGAAGCGCGCGGAGGCGGCCCCGGGCGGGAAGGCGGCCCCGGGCGGGAAGGCGGCCCCGGGGCAGCGGCGAGGGGGGCCCGGCGGCUCCUCACCCGCUCACGGCUCCCUCUCCUUUCCCGCUCCCUCCCCGCAGUGGCCGUCGCGCUGGUGCUGACCUCGCAGGCAGCUUUCGUGGAGGACCUGGAUGAGUCGUUUAAAGAAAACCGUAAAGAUGAUAUUUGGCUUGUAGAUUUUUAUGCCCCGUGGUGUGGCCACUGCAAGAAAUUGGAGCCCGUAUGGAAUGAAGUUGGUAUAGAAAUGAAAAGCAUGGGUUCCCCAGUAAAAGUUGGGAAGAUGGAUGCAACUUCCUUCUCUAGUAUCGCAUCCGAGUUUGGAGUGCGAGGCUAUCCAACAAUUAAGCUGUUAAAAGGUGACUUGGCAUACAAUUAUAGAGGACCUAGAACCAAAGAUGAUAUAAUUGAAUUUGCUAAUAGAGUAGCAGGACCUCUAAUCAGGCCACUUCCUAGCCAGCAUAUGUUCGAGCAUGUGCAAAAGAGGCAUCGUGUACUUUUCGUGUAUGUUGGUGGGGAAUCUCCUUUAAAGGAAAAAUACAUAGAAGUUGCCUCAGAACUAAUUGUUUAUACAUACUUUUUUUCUGCCUCAGAAGAUGUACUGCCUGAGUAUGUGACAUUGCCUGAAUUGCCAGCUGUUUUGGUAUUCAAAGAUGGAACUUACUUUGUAUAUGAUGAGUAUGAAGAUGGUGAUUUGACAUCCUGGAUAAACAGAGAAAGAUUUCAAGGAUAUCUUAAUGUAGAUGGCUUUACGUUGUAUGAACUUGGAGAUACGGGAAAACUUGUGGCUAUUGCAGUCAUUGAUGAUAAAAACUCUUCAGUGGAACAUACCAGACUAAAAUCUAUUAUUCAGGAAGUUGCUAGAGAUUAUCGGGAUCAUUUUCACAGGGAUUUCCAGUUUGGCCAUAUGGAUGGAAAUGAUUACAUUAAUAGCUUACUAAUGGAUGACUUGACAAUCCCCACUAUUGUGGUGUUGAAUACCUCCAAUCAGCAAUAUUUUUUACCAGAUAGGCAAAUUGAGAACACAGAAGACAUGGUUCAGUUUAUCAACAGUAUCUUGGAUGGUACUGCUGAAGCACAGGGUGGUGAUGGAUUUCUGCAGCGAAUCAAGAGAAUAAUCUAUGACGCCAAGUCCACUGUAGUUUCUGUGUUCAAGAGUUCACCUCUCCUGGGAUGUUUUCUCUUUGGGCUGCCCCUGGGGGUCAUCAGUAUCAUGUGCUAUGGCAUCUGCACAGCGGAUACAGAGGGAGGCUUAGAUGAAAGUGAGUCCCCUAAAAAGGAACAUGGUGAUCGGGAGCUCACAGAUGAAGGCAGUGAGGAAGAACAAGAAGAAAAGAAGGAAAAAUAUACAGAACUUUCAGAUGGAGAGCCUAAACAGAAGACCAUAUUGGAAAAGAAAAAAGACUAAAUUGUCUAGGAAAAAGAAAAUUCUCUAGAAUUUCCAAAUAGACUUAUUUAUUGAAGGUCAUUUAUUAAUGAUCUUCACGAAUGAGGACCUUUUUAUCUGAAUUACGUAGUUUUGACUUGCAUGUAUUCAGCUCUUUUCAGAUAUUGACAGGGAGAAAAAAGAAAUUAAAAGUUAUCUUAAUUGUGUUUAACAGACUAUCAAAGAGUAAACCAAGGGAAUUUGCAGGUACGACUGCUAUUUUUAGAAGAUUUUUUUUUUUGAAUUGUACAUUAGAACAGUGAAAUAAAGAUGGUAUUACUGACUUCAGUGUAUGUGAUGAACUACUAAUAAUAUAGCCUUGCUAAACAUUUGUUUAUAUAAAAACUAAGGAUGGAAUCCAAGAAUGAAUAAGAUAUCUGCAAAGUCUUUCAGAGACUGAUAGCUACAGACAGCUUAGAGUUUUCCAAAGUCACAUAUUUUUGUGGUUGCACAUUAUUCUGGAAAAAGAUACUUCUUUUUUUUUAAUUUUAUAUAAAGUUAAGAGUAAAUUGUUAUAUUUGGAGGACUGUUUUAUUAUGUAAUAAUAUAUUUGGAGGACGRUUUUAUCAUGUAAUAAUAUAUUUACAGGUGGUUAAGAAUGUCUACUUGAUAGUGGUUGUGGGAGUUAUAUAUUAAAAUCCUURAAGUCCUUAUUAGACAUUUAUGCAGCUAAAAGUUAUUGCAAAGCUACGUUACAAGCCUCUCUUUAAAACAGGAUUUCCUGUUAAAUUCCUUUCUGUGAGUAAUUAUGCACAUUUUAAUGCAAAUGGUCUUAUCUUAAAAUUUUCAGAAUCCACAGUGCAGUUUGAUGGAAGACUUAAACAUUUAAGCAUAAGUCUAAUGACAAAUUGUUUUGAAUGGUGUAAACCUGUUUACAAUGUUAAAUCCAGAUUGUUACAUAUCUUUGAGGUUGUUGAUGUUGAUGAUUUGGAGACUGUUACCUCUUCUGGCCAAGAGCUAAUAGAGCAUAACUUCAACAUCCAUCGAAGGAGGGGUAUUUGUCAGUGUCCUGCAUUGUCACUGCCCAUUCAGUCAGGAAAGUCGUUUUUAACACAGCCCUGGCUCUGUGCAAAGGACGGGCUCCUCUCCAGGGUUAAAGUCUCCCAGGACUUUAAGGCUGUAGGUGCAGCCCCUGUGUAGCCUCGAGGGCUCUAAGGCAGCSGUUGGUGCUGGUGCCAUAGGAGAGUGGGGGGGAUAUGGAGGGUGGGAUGGGGGAGCCUUUGUUAUUCCUUCUUUUAUCCAUGGAGAUUUUCCUGUUGUUUUAUAGCAUASAAAUUUUCAUGUCGUCUGUGUAUGGCAGCGUGAUGGCGGACCAAGUUAUGUGAUGUAGCACAGAAGUUAAAGACGUUAGAGAUGACUGUUGGUGAAUUUAAAUAAGGCAUCUGCCAACGUGAAAGGUAGCACCAUGUGAGUCCUAACCCRGGGAAAUGUAGCUUUUGUUUUUAGGAAAGGCUAGAAAAUUCUGCUUUUGCAGUACGGUAARAACUAGCUUUGUGUUGCAGUGUGCAGUACAAUAAGUAGGUUCCUCACUUGAGAAAUACUUGAUAUCGAAUAGUGUUGAUGAAAUCUGAGGAGACAGGAAAUUAUUUUUCAGAAAAACUCAAUCUUUGAGUUAGACUCUAACUUUUUUUUCCUUUGGGGAAGAGAGGAAAGUAGAUGUUGAAUGAUGUUGAAUAGCAGCUGUCUGAUGUGGCUUUCCUUCCUUUUUGCUUUCUCCUUUUUCCUUCUGUGAUUUGCCUUUUUAAUUUUUUUUUGUCUCCUUUUUUUUUAUGUUUAGUAAAUCUGCCUUGUUGGUUGUAAAUAAUAACUUGAUUUUUGUUGUUUUUUAAAACUUUUUUCUAAUCUGUAGAAUACUUUGAGGUGCAGCCUUAGCAAACCUUUGAAGAGUGAGAAGCUUAAAUGCGCUUAGGAAGUUCUUUKAACAUUGUGUAGAUGCUCUUGAGUUAUGAUUAGUCGACAUGUAGCACUAUUAAGGAAGUAAGAUGUUGUUUAUCUGUGAUUUGUCUCUUUUAGUAAGAUCUCAAGUAUGGAUUAGUUUUACAUUUAAUAUUGAAUCAACUAGAACCAGAAGUUUUUUUGUUUUUUKKUUUUUUUUUUUCUGUGAAACUAAAGCAGUAGCUGGAACACUGCAAUUUGUUCUAUCAUGUUUAACUAAAUUCUGAAUUCUGCUGCACUGCAAAGAAAUGUGUCAACUGCACACCUCCAUUUUUGUACGCUUUUUGUUUAUCUGUUUAUUUUUAGUAUAAAGUCAAAAGAGCCAAGUACGUUGCUAAGAAAUCUUCUGUGGUAUGGACCUGAAAAUGAUAAAUGGUCAAUCUGUGAGACACAGAUCGCACUGGAAUCUGCUGCAACUGUAAUAUUUAACUGAUUCUUAUGAGAAAAAUGUCAUGUCACUUCUGAAUUUUAGUAUCAAUUCAAUGCUAUAUGGUUUAAAAUCAAGCUUUAAAAGUACUGACAUUUUCACCAAAUCUUUCUCUCU